AUGGUAUCUGAAGAUGUGGGUUUAAUGCUGUCAGAAGAUGUGGCCGUAAUUGUGUCAGAAGAUGUUUCUGUAAUUGUAUCAGAAGAUGUCGCCGUAAUUGUGUCAGAAGAUGUGACUGUAAUGGUAUCAGAAGAUGUAGGUGUAAUGCUGUCAGAAGAUGUGGCCGUAAUUGUGUCAGAAGAUGUUAUUGUAAUUGUAUCAGAAGAUGUGGUCGUAAUUGUGUCAGAUGAUGUGACUGUUAUUGUAUCAGAAGAGCUGGCCGUUAUUGUGUCAGAAAAUGUGACUGUAAUGGUAUCAGAAGAUGUGGGUGUAAUGCUGUCAGAAGAUGUGACCGUAAGUGUGUCAGAAGAUGUAACUGUAAUUGUAUCAGAAGAUGUCGCCGUAAUUGUGUCAGAAGAUGUGACUGUAAUGGUAUCAGAAGAUGUAGGUGUAAUGCUGUCAGAAGAUGUGGCCGUAAUUGUGUCAGAAGAUGUUACUGUAAUUGUAUCAGAAGAUGUGGCCGUAAUUGAGUCAGAUGAUGUGACUGUAAUUGUAUCAGAAGAGGUGGCCGUAAUUGUGUCAGAAGAUGUGACUGUAAUGGUAUCAGAAGAUGUCGCCGUAAUUGUGUCAGAAGAUGUGACUCUAAUGGAAUCAGAAGAUGUGGGUGAUGAAUCCGCCGUCCAGCAUCCUUCACCAUUGUCAGAUGUACUCAUCUUCUCGGCGCUGUAUGUGGUCCCCUCCAUACUGUAUCCGACGUCCAGCAUCCCUUACCACUGCCAGAUGUCAUCAUCUUCUAGGCAAUACAUGUGGUCCCCUAAAGCACAGUUAGCUCCUUCCGGUCGUCUCCCUAAGGUAGUUCACGCUCAUGGUCAUGGUUACUUCCGGCGCUAUUCGGACGCUGACUUCCGUAUUCGCGACGGCCACGAGGGGGCAGUUCCGGUACUGGGCCAGGGGGUGGACGAUCAUGAGUAUAUUUGA